AUGUUUCUUCUUUUUUCGGCAAGACAUUACGAAAUUUGUGCAGUAGAGCUCCGAAAUCAACGUGGCGAGAACCUACCGCUGUCGAAACCGGAACUUGGCGUUCAGAAACUGCAGGCAAUACCAGCAUUGAACAAGGCAUGCGACUCAAUUAUUUUAAAUUUAUCGCAUGUUUCUUUAUUUCGCUCUGUGUUCACCAACGUAUUCACAGAAGAGGCUGAAGAAUUUCAACCUACGGAGGUCUGCUGCCCUGCUGCAUCGUUAAUAUCUGCAAUGAAAAGCGCCACAGAAAUACCUCAUGGGGCAAGGGAGGGGACCCCUGUGGGGCCCCCUCCCUUCGCAGCUUCCUUGGAGGCCCCUGCAACCGCUCACGCGCCUCCAACUAUCGCCGCUAUACCCGCGGAGUGCCCGAGAUGUUCUCGGGGUUUUCUUGACAUUACCGAGUUGCUGAGGCAGGGGCUUAAAUGUGCGUUUGACUGCAGCAAAUGCACAAGGCAGCAAAUGCAUCUGAAGCUGUUGUUUACCCCUUCUCAUGUUGCAUGGAUGCAAAUUCCCAUGGUAGACAUCUUUUACUCGUUUGAAGGCUCAGGUAUCUGCAAGGUAUGUACACCUCACGUUCGGUUGGGUUUGUGUGCAGCAAUGCCGCCUAACCUCGUUGUGUGCGGCAACGACAAUACCUUUGCAGAAUAUGUUCCGGUGAGACGAUGCCACAGCAACAAGAGCAGCAGCAGCAUCACCAGCAGCAGCAAAGCAGCAGCACAGCAGCAGCAGCAGCAGCAGUCGCAGCAGCAGGAACUAGUCGAUAUGAGGCGGUUUGCGUAUGAGUUGUGCUUGUUUUGUGCUCUUCUUUCCUUCUCCUUGUGA